AUGUCAUUGUCGAGAAUCAUGAUCACCGGGUCAAGUAAUGAUGUGCCUACAGACUGUGACGAGCGCAAUGCAAUCGUGACACGUGCGAAUUCGCAUACAUGCUACCUCAGUAUGCUCCCACCACCGCAAGUCGCAUUGUACGACACCAUGGUUCAGGUUUCGGUAGGUAGAGACGUGCAGAGAAUAUCCCACGUUCACAAGGGCCUCAUAUCUUAUCACUCCGGAUUUUUCGCUCGCAUCUUCGACAAGUCAAUCAGAAAUGAAGCACAGAGUGGCGUCGUACGACUCGAUCAAGACGACCCCGAGAUCUUCAAGUUAUUCUAUAGCUUCAUAUACACUGGCCGGGUGAUCGACUCUAUAAACAUCAACUACGAUGUCCAAUACUGUGUCGCAAACCACCAACAUUCGAUGCCAAUCAAGCUAUACCUAAGCCAUCAAACUCAAGACCACGUACAAAAAUACGCCCAAGAACUGUGCGUAGACAACGUGACUAUUUCAUUCUCGCAGCUGUUCGGCUUAGCAGUCUUUGCACACACAUACGACAUACCCGUCAUACGCGACACGGUCCUAUCACUCGUCUGCCAGAAGAUCUGCACAGAAAGACGACUUCCAGCCGAUCUGCUGCAACACCUGCACGAUCAUCUUCCGCGCGAGUCUAAGCUCGUAGAACUUCUCACUUCAGUUCUGGCAUUCUGUGUCGACAUGCAUUCUAUUAGUUCAUACCGAAACCACAUCCCGCGGGCCAUGAUGGCGAAUAUGUUUUAUUGCCACCGGUAUAUGUAUGCCACCUCGCGUGGUGGUAUCGCUCCUGGGAAAGAUCAGGAGAUGAAUGCGUGUCAUUGGCAUACGGGUUGCGAGCUGAAGGUGAGUAAUUGGGUCGUGCAUUGGUGGGAUGUAGACUGA